CAGACCGCGCAGGUCCGGGCGGCGGCGGGGGGAGGAGGGAGCGGCCGCGGCGCUGGGGCCCGGGCGGAGCUGCGCAAUCGUCUGAGCUGCGCACCGACUGGCGGCCGGAGCGGAGCCCACAAGUUGCCGGCAGCGGAGCGCCGCCUCGUCCCGCUCUCAGCCCUUGCGCCCACCGGGCUGCGGCCGGCGCCAGGACGCUCAGCCUGCAGACGCUGACCCCAGAUGUGACAGCGGGACCGCAGAUCUCUCUCCUUCCGGGCGCAACCCACAGAGUCUCGCCAGCGUCUCCUCUGCCAAAACCCCACGGCUGGAAGAUGUGGCAGCCGGCUACUGAGCGCCUGCAGCACUUCCAGACCAUGCUGAAGUCUAAGUUGAAUGUCCUAACACUGAAAAAGGAACCUAUACCAGCAGUCCUCUUCCAUGAGCCGGAAGCCAUUGAGCUGUGCACCACCACACCCCUGAUGAAGGCAAGGACUCAUAGUGGCUGCAAGGGUCAAGAAGCUGGAAGCUGCAACCCACCAGCAUUACACCUGUACCUCAGAAGCCACCUGCCUUCUGUUACCUAUCUGGGAAAAGUCUCUACCACAGGCAUGCAGUUUUUGUCUGGUUGCACCGAGAAGCCAGUCAUUGAGCUCUGGAAGAAACACACACUGGCUCGAGAAGAUGUUUUCCCGGCCAACGCCCUCCUAGAGAUCCGGCCAUUCCAAGUGUGGCUUCAUCACCUUGACCACAAGGGUGAGGCAACAGUGCACAUGGAUACCUUCCAGGUGGCUCGAAUUGCCUACUGCACAGCUGACCACAACGUGAGCCCCAACAUCUUCGCCUGGGUGUACAGAGAGAUCAAUGAUGACCUCUCUUACCAGAUGGACUGCCAUGCAGUGCAAUGUGAGAGCAAGCUGGAGGCCAAGAAGCUGGCACACGCCAUGAUGGAGGCAUUCAAGAAGACUUUCCACAGUAUGAAGAGUGAUGGGCGGAUCCAUAGGAGCAGCUCAUCUGAAGAGGCUUCCCAGGAAUUGGAAUCUGAUGAUGGCUGAAGGAACUUAAGAUGUUCCAGCGAAGGCAGCAUUUGGGCAAGGAGUUUCAGAAGCUAGACAUGUCUGCAAUGAUUCAAAUUUGGUACGAAAGGACUGCCAACCUAUUGGCUGAUCAUGCUUUUUAAAUUCAGAAGAGUGAUUCUAAAUCUAAAGAAUCAUAUCAUUAAUUAUGUGACAUUGAAACCUGCUGCUGCCGUGAUCUUGAGGAGAGUACAGAUGGGGAGGAAGGUUCCAGACUCUCCUCUCACUUUUUUUUUCCUCUCCUAUUCCAACACUUCCUGCUGGGAGAUCUCCACGCCUAUUUUCACCAUUCUCAGGCAAAUACUCCAUGGCUGUAGUUUGACGGACUGUUCCAAUCUGCCUUAUGAAAUCCAACAAGAAUGUUAGUGGCAUCUCUGUGGUCCCUAGGCAGGCAGGAGGUAUGGGGAGGUGCUGUUGGCGUGGAGGCUGCAGGAUGGAAGGGACACGUCCAGGUGACUGACUGGUUGCUCCUCCCCCUUGGCAUGUUUGCAGAUCCUCUCCUCAGUCCGUGAAUCAGCACAGCUUGGAUUGAGCUUUACAACUAACAGCGCGCUAGAUGGCAGUUAAUUCGCAGUUAAAGAUAAUGCUUUUUAUUUACACGAAUAUAUCAAGUAGUACCCUCCUAUUGUAUUCACUUCUUCUAUUUUCUUAGAAUUCUUGCAACUAAUGAUUGUUCCCCUCCUUCUCCCACCACCAAGUUCUUUGUCCUUCCAACCUCCCGGAAAGGGACAAAGGCUCAACAUACUGCAGGACUCCAAAAGGGAAGAAAAUAACAAAUUAAGUAAAUAAACGAUCAGGAAACCAACCAGGAAUCUCAGACAUCAGAAACCCUAGUAAAGAAGUGAAUGAGUGGCCAAAGUCUAUAGAGGCUUCCCUUUAGCAAGCCCUGAGAUAUAGUAACUUCCUUGGUUAUGAGUCUUGUUGAAUGACUCCUUUUGGAAAGUUUAAACUCUGACAUGGCAUUGCCCUGGAAGUCUUGCCCCAUCAUUUAACAAGGAACUCAAGUAGGAAAUGAGUGACAUCAAGUCAGUUUGCCUAGAAAUCCCAUGUCUUCCUGGAAACCUAAAGGGAAACAUGAUCUUGUCCUGAAAAUGAUAUUUUAGAGUCUGAGUGACCCCUUUGACUAUCAGUUCUGAAGAGCAAUUCUCACUGGUAACUUGACAUCUCUCAAUUUCAGGAUCUUUGCCUCUCAUUAAAAGUCAUGGAAAAUAUACACAUUUAAGGUGAAUAGACACAUUAAGGUGGCAAAUGAUCUACUUUUUCAAGUAAUAUUGCUCCUUUAAAAGGUGUGUUUUUAUUUCUGGUGAUGUCAGGGGCAACGGGGUAUCUUAGAAGCCUUAAAUGAGAGCUAAUAUAAUCCAGACAGCAAUGGUGUUAGUAUUUUUGGUCUGUGUACCCACGUGCCCAUGUAUAUGUUUGUGUGUGUGUAUGUGUGAGUGUGUGUGUAUGUGUGUGUGUAUGUAAGUCCCCUGUGUGGGUCCAGUUUCAAGGCAUGUACAAUAAGCAUGGAGUCGUAUUGAUGAGGACUUACCUCCUGAAGAUAUGCUUGUUGCUUUAUGAUAUAUGUAAACUAUUCUUUAGAAAAAUGCAUUCACUCUUUAAUAAAAGUAUGUUUGUGUUAAUAAAGCCAGGGCGUUUCACACUUUAUAUGAACUUCCCUUUUUUUAAGAAAUGGAAAUUUGACAUGUAAAAUAAAUCAAACUUGGUAAACAGG